CUGAGCAGCCCGCCUGCCGCUACAAGAUUAUCAUCGACCGGAGGAUUAAUGACCGAGAGAAGAAAAACACGGACUUUACGUUGCUUCGGUCUUAUUAAAAAGAAAACAGAAAUCAUCUCGAUUUGACCAUGAGCAAAGCAGCAGAGGUCGACAUGAAGGACGUGGAGCUCAACGAGCUGGACCCGGAGAAGCAGCCCAUGACUGAUGGCCAGGCCGCAGGGGGGGAGAAAAAUGGCAGCGUCAAGGUGAAGGUCCCAAAGGAGGAGGUUAAAUUCACCGGCCUGUCCAAGCAGGAGCUGAUGAAGGUGGCGGGCACUCCUGGAUGGGUGAGAAUCCGCUGGGUGCUCCUCAUCCUGUUCUGGCUGGGCUGGCUGGGCAUGCUGGCCGGAGCCAUCGCGAUCAUCGUCCAGGCCCCUCGCUGCAAACCCAUCCCUGAGAUGAACUGGUGGAACGAAGGGCCCCUCUACCAGAUCUCUGAUGUCGAGGCUUUCUCUGAAGGACUUGCCGGCGUCGAGGCAAAGCUGGACGAAAUCAACAAGUUGAAGGUGAAAGGCCUGGUUCUCGGCCCCCUUCACACCGUCCAGGCCGACCAACCCAACACCCUGGACCUUCAAGCGAUUGACCCGACCCAGGGAACCGAGGAGGCCCUGGUUGCUGUGCUGGAAAAGGCCCACAAGAAGGGCAUUUCUGUGGUGCUUGACCUGACCCCAAACUACCACGGAGCCGUUCCUUGGUUCACUGCUGGGGAUGUUGAUGUUCUGAUGGAGAAAGUCAUGGCUGCAUCGGAGUACUGGCUGAAUCUAAACGUCGAUGGCAUCAAGGUGUCCGACCUCACGGUUGCCACCAACUCUGUCGAUUGGUCCAAGCUGCAGGCCGCGUUCCAGAACAACGGCACCGACGACGCCAAGAAGAGGCUGUUGAUGGGUGUGGUUAAAGGUAUUUCGGCUGAGGAUGUUUCCCAGCUCGUCAACAUGACAGGUGUCGACCUGGUCCUGUCUGACCUGCUCGGCAGCAAAAAAGGAGGUGUGGAACGCAUCAUGGCCAUGGACACCCUUCACUCUCAGCAGAGGAACAUCGGCUGGGGUCUGGGCGCCGCCCAGGGCGACCGGCUGUCUAAACAGGCGAUGCCUCCGGGCCUGAUCCGCCUCUACCAGCUCCUGCUGUUCACCAUGCCUGGAACCCCAGUGUUUACCUACGGAGACGAGAUCGGCCUUCAGGCGGUGGGUGACGAAUCUCCGAAGAUGGUUUGGGACUUAGAGACAGACUCUAUUGACGGAGCAGCUGUCAAUGAGACUGAAGAGCGGACAGAGCGCAUCGCCGUAAAGAAGUGGUUCAAAGCCCUCAGCGACCUGCGAGGGAAGGAGCGCUCCCUCCUCCACGGAGACUACUACCCGCUCUCCUCCUCCGCCUCGGCCCUCUCGUUCGUCCGCUCGUGGGACCAGAGCGAGAGAUACAUAACGGCCGUCAACUGGGGGUCGGCGGCCGAGCUGCUCGCACUCAAACUGGCGCCCACAGAAGGAGUGGAGCUGCCAGAGACGGCCACGGUGAAGCUGUCGACUGACGCGGAGCUGGCGGUGGACUCCACGGUCAGCCUGGACGCACUCACCCUAAAACCAGGACAAGCCGUCCUGCUGCAGUUCCCCUAUUUGGGUUAACGGUGGCGCCAACGUGCACGAGAAGCUCCCGACAGAUUAGACCCGUUUAAAAAAAUAAGAAAAUUAAAUUCUGUCCUGAUCCUGAGGAAUAAGAUGGCAUAUACAAAAGACACUGGCAUUUUUUUUUUUAAUAAAGGUUAUUUAGUAAAAAUAUAACUAAAUUGGGUCUUGUAAACAUGCCAUAUGUCAAAAUGUUGGCAAGUGAAAGCUUUUUUUUGGUGCUAGAUAAAAGGUUUAUUUGAUCUUUUAUUGUUGACCAUUGUCCAACGAUGUGAAAUACAUUCCAUUUUUUUCUUUAGCAGUUUUUUAUUUGUUUUAUUUCUAAUAACUUUUUAAGACUGUUUUAAGUGAAAGAAACUGUGAAUUCCAAUCCCAAAAAUUGUUGCCACUGGCAUGAAGUCCGUCAGGUGAACUGAAUUGGAAAUGAAUAAAUGGAAAGCUCUGCACCGAC